AUGAAAACCAAAAGAGCCUAAAGUUUUAUGAGGAUCGUAUUGACACUUUGCUGUUUUUAUGAAACAAGUACAUUAUCUCAAGUAUUUAGGCAAUGGAUGUCCUGUUGGUUGUAAAUCAUGUGGUUUAAUCAAUGAUUGUUGGUCUUGCAAUUAGGGUUAUUAUUUAUCUUUUUUAUCUUGUAAACCAUGUAGCAACGAAUGCUAAGCAUGUUCAUCAUCGACAUCAUGUUCAUUAUGUUAACCAUACUAUAUUCUAUAAAAUAAUUAGUGUAUUUUACAAUGUCCACAAAAUUGCAUAAGUUGUAAUUCACCUACAACCUGCAUAACUUGUGCAGAUGGUUAUUAUGCGGACAUUAAUUAGGUGUGUUAGCAAUGUACAGCACCUUGUUAUACUUGCAAUCAAAGUUCAAUGAAUUGUCAAUCAUGUAAUGA